UAAAGCUUACAGCACAAACACAACCCAGAAAUGGUGUAGGAUAGCAGGAAAGCAGGACGUAAUCCAAUCCUAGGAAACCAAGGCAAAGCCAGAACGUAAGUUUGCGUAGAGUGUGGCAGCGGGGCAGUCGUGGUUCAAAGGUUAAGCAUCGGGGCGGCACAAUGGAGGGUGAGCAGAGCACUCCUGCCGCCAGUGCCAGCAGCACUACGGGUACCACCACAUCCACUACAAACUCCACAGGCACCACCAGCGUCCCCACUGCCAGCACUACCACCAGCAGCAGCACGAGCAGCGCAAGACAGGCUGUCCCUCAGAUAUCUGUAUACAGCGGCAUACCUGACAGACAGACCGUACAGGUGAUCCAGCAGGCUCUGAAUAGGCAGCCCAGCACUGCAGCGCAGUACUUGCAGCAGAUGUAUGCAGCUCAACAGCAGCAUCUGAUGUUGCAAACAGCAGCCCUGCAGCAGCAGCACCUCAGCACAGCACAGCUCCAGAGCCUCGCAGCAGUCCAGCAGGCUAGUUUAGCAGCCGGUAGGCAGAGUUCAAACCAGAAUGGGACUUCAUCUACUCAGAGUGGAUCUUCACAGACGACAAUUAAUUUAACCACAUCUCCUGCUGCCGCUCAGCUGAUCAGUCGUGCCCAAAGUGUAAACUCCGCCCCAUCUGGGAUUUCCCAACAAGCGGUGUUGCUUGGCAACGCCUCGAGCUCUCCCUUGACAGCCAGCCAAGCUCAAAUGUACCUGCGGGCACAGAUGGCUCAGCAAAGUAAUCUUGUGCAUGUAGCCAGAAGUCUGGGUCGAGCCGUCCCUCUGUCCUCUCAGCUGAUCCUGGCCCCGACUGCUACAGUAACUGCUCUACAGUCUGACACUAACACAACCAAUAACACACAGUCUGCCUCUGCACAGGUGCAGAACCUUGCCCUGCGCAACCACCAGGGGGUGUCUUCCACCCCUCAGGCCACAGGACUCCAGGCACUGAGUCUAAAGCAGACCCCCGUCUCCAUUCAGCCCACCCCACUCAUCAAGACACCCAGCCAGAGCACUGGUGCUGGGAAAAACAACCUGAACCCUGCUUCCUCAGAUGGAGUGAAGAAGGGAGAGGAGGGACAAACAGAGAUGAAAGCAGUGAACAUGAGUCGUAAUGUGUCCUCUUCACAUCCCUUAAUAGCACCAGCCUAUGCUCAAAUCCAGCCGCAGGCUCUGAUUAAGCAACAACCUCAACAGUUUGUCAUUCAACCUCAAGCCACUCCCACCUCCAGAAGUCAACCUCAGUUACUACAGACCGCCUCCAUCCAGCCCCACCAACAGACAGCCUCGCUGGGAAUCCCGAGCUCCGCCCAGACCUCAACCGUAACAGGCAUCAUUCCAGUUUUACCCAAACCAGCACUUCACAACCAGGGAUCAGCUCAAACGCAACAGGCCACCAUCUUCCAUUCAACCAUAAGCCACCAUGCACACACAGCUUUGGCCCAUGCUAAAGCUCAACCGGUCCAACUGACAGCCAUCAAUCUCCAAAUACAACCUGCACAGAGCCAGGCUUCAAGGCUUGCUCAGGAUGACAAGGACAAGCCCACCUCUUUGGUCUUAAGAGAGAUUUGCCCACCAGUACAAGUCCAUCCAACUACUACAACCCAAGGCACCGACCCACCUGAACAAUCUAAAGCUGACACUGUUAAUGCCACGUCUCAAACACAAGGCUCAGUGGAAACGGCGCGGGAGCCCACGGGAGCGCAGCUGACAUCCAGCAUGACCGCCGCAGUCUCCAGUGAGCCUCCGCCGGCAGCUGCGAUGGGAAAUGCCACACAAAACGGAGAGAACAAACCCCCUCAAGCCAUAGUGAAACCACACGUCCUGACGCAUGUCAUUGAGGGCUUUGUUAUCCAGGAGGGAGCCGAGCCAUUCCCUGUGGAAAGACCUCCGGUGGCAGCCGACAGCCCCAAAAAACCAGACACGCAGCUGCCUUCAGAUCCAGAGAAAACGGCCAGCAGCAACUCCCUCAGUGCCACAAACUCAGACACAGAGGAGGCUGGACAACAAGACACAAGAGCUGAGGAGGAAACAGAGGAGCCCAAGCUCACAUGUGAGCUCUGUGGAUGGGUGGAUUUCGCCUACAAGUUUAAACGUUCAAAACGCUUCUGUUCCAUGGUCUGUGCUAAAAGGUACAGUGUCAGUUGCACGAAGCGUGUUGGUCUGUUCCGCCCGGACAGAACUAAAUCAACCAAUCAGAUAAAUCAGUGGAGGAGGAGGAGGUCUCAUAGUCCCAGAGGCAGGGAGGCCAAAAAGCAGCGGCUCUCUGUAUCUCAGCAAUCUCAGGGAGAAUCUAUAUCAUCACCGCUUCAGUCUCAGCCUAGUCAGGGAGAGUCGAGUCCGUGUUCGGAUAUAUCCAGUUAUGAGGAAGCCACUUCCCCUCUCUCUGCUGCCAGCUCUGGGCCAGUGGUUUCUCAAGGUGUGGUCGCUGCUAAUGAACCAGAAGAGCUUCCUCUCCUCAGUCAGCACUUCCUGCCCUGUGACCCCACCAAAUGGAAUGUGCAAGAGGUGUUCGAGUUCAUCCGCUCGUUGCCAGGUUGCCAGGAGAUUGCAGACGAGUUUCGUGCUCAGGAGAUUGAUGGACAGGCGCUGCUGCUACUGAAAGAAGACCAUCUAAUGAGUGCCAUGAAUAUUAAACUAGGACCCGCCCUCAAGAUAUUCGCUCGCAUAAACAUGCUGAAAGAUUCCUAGCCUUGAAAAGGCAGUACGUGUGUGUUUGUGUGUCCUCUGAUGUCGCGACUACAGCUCCCAACUGCACUACAACAGUUUUUCAAUAACUAAUAACAAAAAAAACUUUAUACAUAUGGGGGCUAAAGCCCAAAUCCACACCUCAUAAAUAGAAGACCUGAUGUGUCGUCAGCUGGAAAAGAAAUCGAUCAGACUACCUAUGAAGAAUCGCACAAAUAGUGACAUGAGGGCAUUAUGAAUCAGUGAUUUGAAAUGAAAUUCUGACUGGAUUUACCUAGUAGAACCGCUGCUCAGAAGAAACCUUCAUAUAAAUGUAUACCGCAGUCUAAACAACUAAUUUUAUCACACAUUCGAUCACACGUUUUGGCCCAGAUAUCUCUGGCAAUGUACAUUUGUCAUUUUCAGGUAUGAUUUCAUCUUAUUGUACAUGUCAGAUGCUUUUUGUACAGUAUAACAUGUUUAAGUAAAUUAUUCUUACUUCUGUGUGUGAGUAUUUGUAAUUGAUUCACAACAAACUGGUGCUAUUUCACUGUCACAUUUACAUUGAGAAGACUUGAAUAACAGAAGCACAGUAACAAAACAUUCGACAACCUGCAAACCGAUACAUGAAAGGGAUCCAGUUAAAAAAAAACCUGUCAACAGCGCCUUAUUGAAUGUGUGACUCUGAUUUGGAGAUGCACAUUAAACUGUACUUGUCUUGGAUAUUGGGAAUGAUGCUAUGUUUGGUUUUAAUUGUGCCUGGAUUUGUCAUUGUAUGUUGCUAGAAAGGAUUGUGAUGAUGGAUUGUGUUUUUUUAGUACAAUGCUUUGUGAAAUGCCUGUAUUUAUCAGAUGAAUGAAAUUUGUAAUAUAACUUUUUUUAA